GGUGUUUGUUCAACAACAGGUUACAAUGAACAGGCCUCCCCUUCUCAGAGUCAUUUCAGACUGAUCGUACAGUCAAGCUGCGAACUAAAACCAGAGAUUCUUGAAGCUGCCUUAUCUCUUACACCUCCCCUUCUGUGUUCUCUGAAGUUUGUGGUCAUGUGGUUCUACCUGGCUGCCCUGCUAGGCAUCUACUUCCUUCGCCGAUGGUACCGAGAGAGACAGACUGUAGAGAACCUGUCAGAGAAAUAUGUCUUCAUCACUGGCUGUGACUCUGGCUUUGGCCACCAACUUGCCAGGCAGCUGGACUCCAAGGGCAUGCGAGUGUUGGCAGCAUGCUUCACACAGAAGGGGGCUGAGCAGCUGGAGAAGGUCACGUCUGACCGCUUGAAAACCACCAUCCUGGAUGUGACCAUCACAGAGAGUGUAGCGGCGGCAGCUGACUGGGUGAAAAGAUGUGUGGGGGACAAAGGACUUUGGGGCUUGGUAAAUAAUGCAGGUGUAGGUCAACCAUCGGGUCUCAAUCAAUGGCUGACUAAGGACGACUUUGCAAAGAUCAUAAAUGUCAACCUGCUUGGACUGAUUGAUGUGACUCUCCAACUGCUGCCCCUGGUGAAAAAAGCAAGAGGAAGGGUGGUCAACGUGUCAAGUAUGGAGGGAAGACUUUCAGUCUUUGGAGGUGGUUAUUCCCUAUCCAAGCAUGGUGUGGAAGCCUUCUCUGAUAGUCUGAGGCGAGAGCUCCAUCAUUUCAAGGUUCGAGUCUGCAUUAUUGAGCCUAGCAUUUUCUUAACAUCAAUGACCAGCAAUCUCCUAGAGGAGUUUGGGAACAUCUGGAAGAGGGUGCCUUCUGACAUCAAAGAAGUUUAUGGGCAGAAGUACUUUGAGACCUGUUGCAAACGAUGCGAAUUAUUCCUCAGUCUUGCAAACAAGAACCUCUGCAUGAUCACUGACUGCAUGGAGCAUGGUUUGACUUCCAGCUACCCUCGCACUCGCUAUACAACAGGAUGGCUUUCUACGGCCCUGAUCAUUCUUGCCUCUUUGCCAACUGCAAUAAGAGACUACAUAAUAAUCUGGAGUUAUCCCAAGCCAGCACAGGCGGUAUAGAUGUUUUGCAGAAACAGCAUUGCCAUCCUGACAAACCAACCCACUCUAAACAGGUUGAAUUCAAGGUACUGGUUAUCACAUUCAAAGCUCUUCAUGGUCUUGGAACCCUCAUAUCUGCAGGACUGCCUCUCCUAGGGUUGCCAGAUCCCCCUGCCCUGGGGGAUGGGGAAGUUGGGGAAGUGCUCUCAGGGACCUCACCAUGGCCAUUUGAAAGCAAAAGCCAGUGAAGGAGCCUCCACUUCCUUUGUCUCUCUGAGAAUGACUUCAUUCCCGGCUUGGCAAGGAAGGCUCCGGAUGACACAGGAGCACGCUUUGCAGCUCCUAUGCCCAUUCUCUAUGCCUUUCCCCCCACCAGCCAGGUGAGCGGUGGCAGCAGGUGGAGAAUGGGAGGGAGGAUCCUCUGCCCCCACCAGGGGACCCAUAGCCCUAGCCUCUCCUGCUGUGUUCCACCAUGACAACUUUGUGCAAAGUCUUCUGAAGAUAGGUAAGAUGAUAUAUUGUCAAAGGCCUUCACGGCCAGAGAACGAUGGUUUUUGUGGAUUUUCCAGGCUGUAUAGCCGUGGUCCAAGACCACGGCUAUACAGCCCAGAAAAUCCACAACAACCAUAGGUAAGAUGAAUCUGUAUACACAGUCUGUACACAUGCGUUCUCUUUUGCGGCCCCUACUUUGUGGAACGGACUGUCAAGAAGGCUCCCACAGUUCUGUCAUCUCAGUACCUUUUAAAUUCUUAUUGAGAACAUUUUAUGCCAUCUUUCUACUAUGUUCAGCAUCCCCAAGAUGGCAAAUGUCAAAACAUUAAAACAUUUUUAAAUGCAUAUAUAAAUACACACACAGAAAGAAAAACAAUUCAACAAAACACAAAUGCAAAGGUAAGGAGGUUCAAUGAGGAUCACCGAGGGAAUGAGGGUUGCCAGCCUCCAGGUAGUGGCUGGAGAUCUCCCAGAAUUACAGCUCAUCUCCAGGCCACAGAGAUCAGUUCACCUGGAGAAAAUGGCUACUUUGGGGGUGGAUUCUAUGGAAUUAUGCCAUGCCAAGGUCCUUUCCCUCCCCAAACCCCACUUUCUCCAGGUUUCUCCAGGUUUCACUCCCCAGAUGUCCAGGAAUUUCCCAACUUGGAGCUGGCAACCCUAUAGGGAAUACAAGACAAAAGAAAAGGUGGAAGACAGUGAUAGAGGGGAGCAAACAAAUGGCUUUGAGGAGGAAAUUCCACAGUGGCCGUUUCCACACAGCUUACCUUCCCUUCGAAUGACCCGGAACAUCACGCAAAAAAAAGCAGAAGAUCGGAUUUUCUCGCGUGAGAUUUGCACUGUUGCAUGACACUACCUAUCUAAUCUUUUUAAAAUGCAUAACUAAGGAAAUCUAUUUUACAUGCACACACAAAAUUGACUGCCUAGUCACAAAGACUUGCAUGGCAGGGAAAAUUCAUGACAGAGAGAGAGUCUGAACCUGGGGAUUUUACAAGUGCUGGUAUGACAGCCUGUCCUCUAGUUAAUUACUCAGUAGGGAGUGGGGAGCUGCGGCCUCAGUUUUACCAGUAUUCAUGUGCAUCAAUGGCAUUCUGCUUAUACUUGCAAGGAAGAACAGAUCAUUGCAGUACAAUGUAAGAAAACAGAACGGCAAGCAAGAAGAAAGCAGGACUUCAACACUGACUUAAUGCUUCACAGGGCUCUUUUUCUGGGAAAAGAAGUGGUGGAACUCAGUGGGUUGCCCUCGGA